CUAUAGUUGGUGGGAAACAAGAUUCCUUGACCCGACGCUGCAGACUCUCAGGAACAUCGGUCAUGGAGUGGUAUUCUUCGAGUCCAGCCUGUUUGGCCAUUUCCAGCAAUUCGACCUGAUUCAUGCCGGUCGGUUCGAACCGUUGAUCAACCAUGUCACGAUCUGCCUUGACUUCGUCUCUUUCUUCUUCGUUGUCAUUGUCGUCCAUGUUCUCACGUUUCGGAGACGCCGUGGAAUUCAUAUCGGGCUCAAUCGGCUCCUCAAUGGUAGAAUUAUUGCUCUUCUCCACGUUGCCUACGCCAUUCGCCAACAGAGUUUGAUCACUACCAUCAACAGACGAAUCCACUGGGGUACUGAUGAGGUUUUGAGAAAGUUUGCUCUCCGUUGUUUGCUGCUGUUCGCGUUCCCAUUUUUUCUGUGCGUUUCGUUUGUUGCGCUGGGACUUCAUAUCCCGUCGGGAUUUAUUUUCACUCAGGACCUUCCAAGCGGACCAUCCUGGUCGGGUGCGAAAGCCUUGUAGCGUGAUAGGCACGAGCUCCAGUUGUCCUUGGCCCCGUCGUAAGAGUUCGGCCACAACGGCUUCGUUUUCCAUUGGAUUCAUACUACAGGUGGAGUAGCACAGAUCCCCACCGACGCGGAGUAGCUGUGAGGCCCCUUUCCAGGCUAUCUCCACCUGUAGAGUGUGCAAACCGAGCGCCCCCACCUGCGUCCAUGUCUUCCAUACGCCAAUAUUUUUACGGGACGUGCCGUCGCCGCUGCAGGGGGCGUCGGCUAGAAUUUUGUCGAACUGUGUGACGGCGGGGAAGAACUGGGCGUCGCAAGCCGUUAUCAUGACAACCGGAUUGACGUGCAUGAUUCGGCGGAGUUGAUGAGUCAACAUGUAAGCCCGCUGCGGGUUUGCGUCAUUGGCGACGAGACAACCCCGCGGACCGUCGAGUUGUUCGAGAAUUUGUGAGGUUUUGGAUCCGGGAGCGGCGCACAUGUCGAGAACGCUGUCGUUGGGUUGAGUGUUAAGGACGACGGGUGGGAUCAUGCUGACCGUUUCUUGACGCGUAAUGUGCCCGCAGUCCGUUUCGGCCUUGAGCCACUCGUGCAGGGCUUGGAGCUCGGGGUGUUUGCGAAUCUUGGUGCGAUCGAAACCGAGUUGGAACGCGUGCGGGAGAAAUUGGAGCUUGCGGAUUGCCGAAACGCCGUCUUCUAGCGUCGGCGUCUGGGCCAACAAGGUAUCCAAAUCGGCUUCCAUUUUCUGGCGCAGUUCCGGCGAGACAUCCUUGGCGAUGCGAAAACUACUGGGCAGGAUACUGGCAAUCGCGUUCCGCCAGGCCAACCGCUCCCGCGUAAACUCUGCGACGGUAUUGCAAGGCACGAGCUCACCCUGUUCGUUCCAUCGGUGAUCGUGUACGCCUUGUGCUGCAUAGUAGGCUUCCAACUUGAAAUUCCCCGCGUCCACAACCGUUUGCACGUAGGUUUCCCCGUCACGGCGACCCGGACCUCCUCCCCCGCGACCUGGACCUCCACCCCCGCGUCCUCCCGCUGCACGACCGCCCUUUUUCUUCCAACGCUUCGACUGUCGACCCAUCCUUGUAGCACCGCUGUAUUUGUGUGCGUGUAGUGUAUGCGCGUUUUGUAAAGUGUCAACGUUGAUACUCCCAAUGGAACAAAUUCGAGCGACGGAGAUCCGAGUCGAUUGACUUAUAUGACUGCGCACGAUAUGGUCUGACUUUUGAUUGAUGAAAUGGAAUUGCCCUCGUCCUUCAUUGUUUCGCUUGGCGAGGAACACUGUGGGGAAUCUAUUUGGGCCGAGAACCUGAUUGGGCAAUAGACGAAAUUGUCGCAAUAGGCGCACUGUUUACUGCUUUCUAUAUGUCUGGACGUCACUGUUACGAGCGACCUUUUGAGAAAGAAAGGAUGGUUCCGGUAUGCAUCCUACCAUGACCAAAGAAAAUAUGCAAGAGCCAACAGCGGUUACAAGUUGUACGACACCUGAAACUCCCUGGAAUGCAGGAUCUCUUGGAAGAAGCAGAAGGAACAUUCGCGACAGAGUCAACAGUUAAGGAGCUUCGUUGUCCGUUCGUGUUGGAGUUGUGGGACGAAGCUCGUGCCGUUCGGUGGGAUUAUGCCGAUGGCGAACGCGUGUACUAUCGACCGAAGCAACGUUCAGGGGUAGUGCGGAAGCGUCGUCGGCCCGUUGAGGAUUUCAACGUAGACCAUUCUUUGUACAAGCCGGACAGCUGGAGUAUCCUCGUCGACGGCCGCGUCAAGCCCAAGUCCCUGACCGACUGUUCCAAAUUGCUACCGCUGACCGCGUCGUUCGGAUCGCUGCUGGUGCGGGUCGUUCCCGAUACGGCAUCGUUUCGUCACUGGGCCGUGGCUUGGUCGGGACCGACUGAUCGCGUCCUGGAGAUUGGUUGUUCCACCGGUCAGACGAGUCGCGCCUUCUGGAAAGCCAGGGUCUCGUCGUGGGUUGGUAUGGACACCUCGUCCGACAUGGUGCAGCGAACCCGCAUCGCGCUUCAACAACAAGACACCGCCACUGGUUCCGCACGGGCCAACUACCGCGUUUGUCAUUGCGACGCCUUGUUGCAUCCGAAUCAAGCCGAACUGGAAGCGAGGCAGUUUGGUCCACCAACUCUUGUAUUCGUGGAUAUUGGCGGCAACCGGAAUUUGUCCGGCGUGGUCCUAAUGUUGGACUGGGUCUUAACGCGGUCCGUUGGGGUUGAGAAGCGCAGUAGUGGUGAGAGACAGCCAACACGUCUUGUGCUCGUGAAGAGUCAAGCACUGGCACGGGCCUUGUCUUUGUUUCAUACUGACAACAAUCGUACGCUUCCAGAAAGCCCGAAUGAGAAUCUGGCGUCCCAAGAGUUUUGUCGCCGUUGGUUUGAGGACCAACUGCGACAGGCACAAACCGCUACUCUGCCUCGGCACCCUCUGCAAGCGUCGUUGGUGUACAGCCCCAUUUCUGCUACGCAACCCAUCUGUCGAUAUCACAAUUACAGUACCUGCCAAAAGGUCGAGACCUGUCCGUUGGAUCAUCGACAUUGUCACUUGUGUCAACGGCCCGGUCAUAUUGCGCUCCGCUGUCCUGUCCUUCGGGCAGACAUUGUCAAGCCUUUCCUACAAAAAUGA